GUAAAAUCUCGUAACUCGCCGAUCCGAUCCAGUGAACCCCCAAUGUAAUCUCCGUUAAUAUUCCAUCAGACGGUCUGAUCAACCAUAUACACGAUGGCGGGAAACCCGUGAGUCCAUGAUCCCGACCGCAUAAAACCAAGCGAACGGGAACGGCUCCAUCUCCUGCGCCCGCGGCGCCAUCAAUUCAUCUCUCCCCUCCUCUUUUAGUAGCCAAAGAAGUCGGAGGGACGAGAGAGAGACAGAGAGAGGAACGCCGUUCGAAUUCUCUUCUCCUUUUGGUCUCCGGUUUCUUCUGGAAGUUUCUCGAUCAUUCGCCGAGAGCCCAUGGGGAACUGCUCUCCGAAACCGAAGAAUGGGACCCGAUCGCCGGCGGCGGCGGCGGCGAAGCCCGGCCCGAUUGUGCGGCUCUACGGGAAGGAAUCGUGUCCGAUCGCGUGGCGGAUCCGCGUCGCGCUCCUCUACAAAUCGGUCGCCGUCCAGUUCUUCCCCACCGACGGGCCGGUGUUCCUCAGGUGCGGCGGCGAGGCGGUGGAGGGGCCCGCGGAUUCGCUUCUGAGGUAUAUCGAUUCGAAGUUCCCGCGGCCGCCGGUGGUGGCGGUGGAGAGGGGAACAGCAGCCGGGAAGGCGGCGCUGGUGACGGCUUUGCAGCACCGGAGCGUGGAGCGGCACGUGGAGGUGAUGGUGCGGUGGGCGGCGGAGCUGGUCGCCGGCGGAAGAGGCGGGGGGAGGAUGGAGGCAAGGAAGGUGGGCCGGAGUUACGGACAACUGGUGGAGGUGAUGCUGGAGCACGCGCAGAUGGAGGAGCGCCUCCUCUUCCCCGCCCUUGAGGCGGCCGCCGAUAGAGGGGUGUGUAAAGUGGCGAACGAGGAGCACGCGAGGGACCUGCCCAUAAUGAACGGGAUAAACGAGGAUAUCAAAUCUCUGGUGGCGAUGGAUGCAGGAGCGCCGUGCUAUCAGGAGGCAUUGCUCAAUCUCUCCCUUCGCUUCAAGACCUUGCAAGAACAUUGCAAGGAACACUUCAAAGAGGAAGAGAAGGAGCUCUUACCACUUCUAGAGGCUGCGGAAAGAACCCGAAUUGGAGAAGAGAAUGAUACCUCGUCCUCUUUUGCAGAACAAGUGAUGUUGUUGAUGGAGAGUACUCACUCCCACCUCUUCCCCUUCUUCAUGGCUGGGCUUCUCCCUCAUGAAGCCAUGCAGUAUGUAGACCUGGUCUGCCUGUGCACCUGCGAUCAGCAACGAGUGGUCGCGAUGCUCAAAUCGCUGACCACCCUAAUAGAUGGCACACAUCCACCGUCCAUUUGUAAUAUACCCCUCAAAUCUCUGUGAUUGUUUCAUUUGUUUUAGUGCCUUGGAAGUUCUUUUCAUGCAUAUAAUUCCAAAGAUUUCUAUUGUUUGAAAAAAGGUCAGAGAUUGCAGCAAAUCUUGUCUCUCACUAUCUGGUCUGUACAUAUACCUUUGGACACUUCUAAUUGGUAAUCUUCAGUCAAAAGCAA